AUGUCAGUCACGAACGGCGUCAAUGGCCACGUCAAUGGCACCUCUAGUGCACUCUGCUCUGUGGAGGACCUCACCUCUCGACAAUACGACUUUAUUGUUGUCGGAGGGGGCACGGCCGGCCUCGUGGUUGCUGCUCGACUGACUGAAGAUCCGAACAUUUCCGUGGCUGUGUUGGAAGCCGGAGAGAACCGCAUGGAUGACCCGAGUGUGUCGACCCCGUCUCUCUACCCUACUCUGAUCGGCCGUCCCCAAUAUGACUGGUGUAUGACCUCCAUCCCACAACCCAAUGCCGGCAAUAAGAUCUACUCGAUGCCCAGGGGCAAAAUCCUCGGCGGCAGUUCUGGUAUCAAUUACCUUAUGUAUGUCCGUCCGAGCCGAAAUGAUUUAAACGGAUGGGAAGCGAUGGGGAAUCCUGGCUGGGGCUGGGACGGCCUGGCGCGCUACUUUGUGAAAUCGCAAACCCUGGACAGGACCGAACUACACGACGAUCCUCAAUUCAUGCCCAUCGCCGGCGGGGAUAAAUUCCAUGGCACAUCGGGCCCGAUCCACACGUCUUUCAACGACUGGUACAUGCCUCUUGAGGUCGAUUUUGCCAAAGCCGCGCACGAAGUCACUGGCACACCAAAAACCAUUAGUGACGCGUGGAGCGGCGACCAUUUAGGGUUCUUUUCCAGUCUAGGCGCCGUCAACAGGAGCGAUGACCCCGGAAAGCGGAGCUAUGCGGCCACAGGCUAUUUAAGACCAAAUCUCGGGAGAAAGAAUUUGAAAGUUUUGACCGAGGCGCAAGCUACAAAGAUUAUUUUGGAUGGGAACAAAGCAACGGGCGUGGAGUUCGUGCACAAGGGAAAGAAGCAUACCGUGCAGGCCACAAGGGAGGUUGUCUUGUCAGCUGGCGUCAUCCAGAGCCCGCAGUUACUUGAACUUUCUGGGAUUGGUGACCCCGAGGUUCUGCAGGCCGCUGGAGUUGAAUGUGUCGUUGAAAACAAAGGCGUGGGUGCGAACUUCCAGGACCACGUCCUCGGCGGACUCCUCUUCGACUUGAAACCCGGUAUCGAUUCAAUGGACGCUCUCCACGAGGAAGAAUUCAAUAAAAUGCAGCAGGAUGUGUACCAGAAGACGCAGAAAGGACCGUACGCCAGUCCUGGCAUGAUGAUGGGUUUCGUGUCGUAUGCAUCCGUGGCAUCUCCCGAAGAGCUGGAAGACACGAUCAAGGAGAUCGAGCAAAAGUCGCUGGCGAAGACGGACUUCGAGAAGGCACAGGAAAAAGUCAUCGUUGACCAACUCCGCGACCCAACUUUCGCCAAUCUGCAAACAUUCUGUAUCCCCUGCCGCCUUGACGUUGGCAAGGGGUCUGACCAAACGCAAUUCUUCGACGCUCCACACAAUGGGAAACGACAGCUCUCCCUUUUGAUGUGUUUAGAACAUCCUCUCUCGCGCGGCACUGUGCACAUCAAAUCGUCGGAUCCGCUCGCCGCACCGGAAAUUGAUCCCGGCUACUUCCGUAACGAGGUCGACGCCAAGAUCCUCGCCGCUGGUAUGAAGUGGAUGGAAAAGGUGUCCAAACACCCCCUUCUGGCGAAGAGUCUUGCGCAACGGGAGUUACCACCGGAGGGCAAGGCAUUGGAGACCGAGGAGGCGAGGAUCGACUAUGUGAAGAAUCAUAUCAGUACCCAGUAUCAUUUGAUUGGGACAUGCGCAUUAGGAGAGGUGGUGGACAACGACCUAAAGGUCAAAGGCGUCAAGGGCUUGAGGGUCGUGGAUGCGAGUAUCUUCCCCGGCCAUGUUUCUGGGAACAUCAUGGCGACUACUUAUGCUGUCGCUGAGAAGGGUGCUGAUCUGAUCAAGAAGGACAUCUGA